AUGCUGAGUCGCUGUUCAUUGAACGUUACACGUGCGUUUUCGAAACACUUUCUGAAUACUCAAUGGAAAAGAUCGGAUCCGAAUCGAUAUUGGCGGGUUCAGCAUAAUCUACCGAAAGACGACGAAGAACACGGUCCGCUCGCUGAUCUACCCGACUAUUCCUAUCUAAAUGGUGAACCAUCACAUUUGUCACCUGCACAACGUAAAAAAUACGAUUUCAAUGCGUCCGUUGUUCGACGUAUUCAUGAACUUGAUGCAGAAUUAGCUGAAGCAAAACGAUUGUAUGCUGAUAAAAUCUCCUCCACCGUGACGGAUUACAAUAAAACUGCUCAAAUUGCUAACCGCCUCAAGACGACGAGUUCAUCAACGAAAGUCAGUGCUCGAGCUACAAAAGAACAACGUCAAGCGAUUUCAUCGAUAUCAUCACCGAACGAAUAUUCAUUUCAACCGAAUCUACUCAAUGCACUUCGUGAAAAGGCAACUUACAACGAAGCUUUCGAAGAAGUUGUUGAUCCCGUUGGUGCUAUUGUACCAAACAAACUUAUGAGUAUCGAACGUCCACCUUACAAACGUACAGGUGAACGACGACGUUUCCACAAAGUGUUUAAAAUUCGUGCACCAAACCUUCGUAUGUUUCCGAGAUAA